CAAGCUGGAAAUAAAUCAACUAAACUAUGUACGUUCUUGAUGGGGCACUUGGAAUUGAGCUCGACAAGCUUACGCCCAUCCGUGGCACCCCUUUGUGGGCUGGUCACGCCGUGGAAGAAUCUCCUGACAUUGUGCGCCAGGUCCAUUCUCGGUAUAUCCAGGCUGGUUGUGAUAUAGUGUCGACUGCAACAUAUCAGAUGUCGUACCAGGCCUUGAGGCAGACCGACCACGACGACGCCGGGACCACUGCUGCAUGGAAGGCCGCGGUGGACGUGGUGGUACAGGCUCGAGACGGUGCUGGUGUUGACCGAAAAAUACUUAUUGCUGGUACCAUUGGACCGUACGGAUGUUUUGUGAACGAUGGGUCGGAGUAUACCGGGAACUACACUGAUAGCCCCACAGCAGAGUGGUUGGCAGCGCACCACCGGCCGCUUGUGGAGUUUCUCGAGAAAAAUGGCGACGUGGACGUGAUCGCAUUCGAGACGGUCCCGUCCGCGGUGGAGCUUGAGGCGAUUGUGGCCCUAGACGUGCAGAAGCCGUACUGGGUGAGUUUAUGUGUCAACAGCUCCAUGGACCUUGUGGCGUGCGCGGCGGUGUUGCGGCGGUGCAACUCAUCCCUUGUGGCGGUGGGGGUCAAUUGCGUUGAGUACUCCAAGGUGUCGGGGUAUUUAGAAGCACUAUCGGCAGUAGGAGUGCCAUUAAUAGCAUAUCCGAACUAUGGGUACAUCUACUCCCAAGAAGACGGGUAUGCGGAUCUAUCUGAUUUGGGGGCAUGGGAGACAGCGGUAGCGGAGUGGAUGAAGUUCGAUAUGUGGGCCAUAGGCGGAUGCUGUGGAACCGGAGCAGAAGAGGUGCUGGUUGUGCGUGAAGCGGCACUGCGUUGCCAACUGGCAGGAUUCACCCCCGGAAUUGUAUAAAAGAAAUUAUGUUAAGACAGGUGUAGAAUCUAUGACACCGAAAAAAAUAUUACCUAAAUAGUAAGUUAAUGAACUUUUAACACCCUCGGCGCAAAAAUCUAUUAGAUGCGAUGACCCCCGGAAUUCGAAAUUGUCAGACACUCGCCGCUUCCGUAGCUUCCG